AUGAGAUCAAACUCUUGGUUUCCACGUCUUGGGUUACUUUAUGUGGCUUUAGUGGUAUUGAUACCAUUUUUAGCCUCAUCUAAACACUCAUUUGCACUUGCCGCUUCAUCUGAUGAUGAUGCUCAUGAAAAUUAUGGAACUGUUAUUGGAAUUGAUUUGGGUACUACUUACUCAUGUGUUGGUGUUAUGAAGAAUGGUAAAGUUGAAAUACUAGCCAAUGACCAAGGUAAUAGAAUAACUCCAUCUUAUGUUGCUUUCAAUGGUGAUGAAAGAUUAGUUGGUGAUGCAGCUAAAAAUCAAGCUGCUUCUAAUGUCAACAACACUGUGUUUGAUAUCAAGAGAUUGAUUGGUUUGAAGUAUAAUGAUGAUACUGUCCAAAAGGAAUUGAAACAUUUACCAUACAAGAUUGAAAAUAAGGGAAAUAGACCUGUUGUUUCGGUUGAUUACAAUGGUGAACAUAAAGUUUUCACACCAGAAGAAAUUUCUGGUAUGAUUUUGGGUAAAAUGAAGUCAAUUGCUGAAGAGUACCUUGGUAAGAAAGUUACUCAUGCAGUUGUCACUGUCCCAGCUUACUUUAAUGAUGCUCAAAGACAAGCUACUAAAGACGCUGGUACUAUUGCUGGUUUGAACGUUUUGAGAAUUGUUAAUGAGCCAACUGCCGCUGCUAUUGCCUAUGGAUUAGAUAAGACCAACGAAGAAAAACAAAUUAUUGUUUAUGACUUGGGUGGAGGUACUUUUGAUGUCUCAUUGUUGUCGAUUGAAGGUGGUGUUUUUGAAGUUUUGGCUACUGCUGGUGAUACUCAUUUGGGUGGUGAAGAUUUUGAUCACAAAGUUGUUAGGUACUUGGCUAAACAAUUCAAAAAGAAGCACAAUAUCGACGUUUCUUCCAACCCUAAAGCCAUUUCAAAAUUAAAGAGAGAAGCUGAAAAGGCCAAGAGAACUUUGUCAUCACAAAUGUCAACUAGAGUUGAAAUUGACUCUUUUGUUGAUGGUAUUGAUUUUUCAGAAACUCUUUCCAGAGCUAAAUUUGAAGAAUUAAACAUGGCUUCAUUCAGAAAGACUUUGAAACCAGUUGAACAAGUAUUGAAGGAUGGUAAUGUCAAAAAAUCUGAAAUUGAUGAUAUUGUUUUGGUUGGUGGUUCCACAAGAAUUCCAAAGGUUCAAGAAUUAUUGGAACAAUUCUUUGAUGGCAAAAAGGCUUCUAAAGGUAUUAACCCAGAUGAAGCUGUUGCUUAUGGUGCUGCUGUUCAAGCUGGUGUUUUGAGUGGUGAAGAAGGUGUUGAUGACAUCGUCUUGUUGGAUGUUGCUCCAUUGUCAUUAGGUAUUGAAACUGCUGGUGGUAUCAUGACCAAAUUGAUUCCAAGAAAUGCUACUAUUCCAACCAAGAAAUCAGAAACUUUCUCCACUUAUGCUGAUAACCAACCAGGUGUCUUGAUUCAAGUCUUCGAAGGUGAAAGAGCCAAGACCAAGGACAACAACUUGUUGGGUAAAUUCGAAUUGUCUGGUAUCCCACCAGCUCCAAGAGGUGUCCCACAAAUUGAAGUUACUUUUGAUAUCGAUGCCAAUGGUAUUUUGAAUGUUUCUGCUUUGGAGAAAGGUACUGGUAAGACUCAAAAGAUUACCAUCACCAACGACAAAGGUAGAUUAUCCAAAGAAGAUAUUGAUAGAAUGGUGGAAGAAGCUGAGAAAUAUGCACAACAAGACCAAGAAUUGAAGGAAAAGAUUGAAGCCAGAAACUCAUUAGAAAACUAUGCCCAUCUUUUGAAAGGUCAAUUGAAUGAUAAAUCUGAAACAGGAUUGGGAUCUAAAUUGGAAGACGAUGAUAGGGAAACUUUGGAUGAUGCCAUUAAGGAGACUUUGGAAUUUAUUGAAGAUAACUUUGAUACCGCAACUGCAGAAGAAUUUGAAGAACAAAAACAAAAAUUGAUUGAUGUUGCCAACCCAAUAACUGCUAAAUUAUACGGAGGUGCAGGAGGAGCAGCACCUGGAGAAGGAGAUGCCAAGUUUGGAGAUGAUGAUUCAGAUGAUGACAUAGAUCAUGAUGAAUUGUAG